AUGUUUCGUAACUGCGAUGAAGAGGCCCGAGACGUCCUCUACCAGCAGUGGUCAGAGCGUCUAGAAAUCCCGGGAGCUAGCCGGGACCUAGUGGCCGCUGUGCGGCCUGUGCUAAAAGAAUGGGUCGAACGCAAGCAUGGCGCACCCUCCUUCCAUCUCACGCAGCUCCUUACGGGGCACGGCUGCUUCGGCUGGUACCUGUGUGAGAGGUUGGGAAGAGAGCCGAGGACGGCGUGUCACCACUGCAACGGAGGAGCCGUGGAGACGGCCCAACACACGCGCGAAGAGUGCCCUGCGUGGGCGGAGCCUCGCGCUGCCCUGUCCGCAGCUGUGGGAGGAGACCUCUCACUGCCGGCGCUAAUACGCCGCAUGCUCAGCAGUGAAGAGGUAUGGGCGGCAGUGGCCACCUUUAGCGUCACCGUCCUGACACAAAAGGAGGCUGCAGAGAGAAUGCGCGAGGACGAUGCGAACUCACUCCCUCAGCGCCGUAGAAGGCCAGGACGGCGGCGAAGGGCCUACGCAGCCCGAAUGAUGCCGCCUUAA